AUGGGCCAUGUCAUCAUCGGGCACCUGACUGCAGUUCCAUCGCUCCCGACGGAACUGGUGUCGGCAUUCGGCGACCGCUCGUCGGACGCCGAUUACAGCCGCUUCGAACAGCGCCAGAUUCACCCGCUCCGGCAUUUGACGACCGAGCAGAUCGUCUGUGAGAAACUGGCGCCACUGUUUCGGAGACAGCCAUUGUCGGUAGAUGGAGAGCUGUUUUUGCAGACGACUAUGGUACCAGUGCCGUUGGGCCUGAUUCAGCUUGAGCUGUGUGUGUGA